CUGGUGGCCUUCUGUCUGCCUUCAAGGAUAAAAAUGCUGUCUGUCACAUACGGAAAAGGAGUUUGGAGCGUCUGCUGUAGUCGGGGGAGGGCCCUGAGCAGCCCACCUCUGCUGCCACGCCCUGCCCAGGCCUUGGGUCCUGCCAUGUCCCCCCAGGGACCCCCCUCUUGCAAGAGUGGAGCCUCUGGCAGAAGAGAGCUAAGUGGCCCUUCAGGGGAGCCCUGGGCCCGUCCAUGGGCAGCUCCACGCCAAGCCCGGCACUCGCCCAGCCUCUGACCAUCCUGCGGGCCCAUCUCCGGCCGGAGCUCUGUUCUCUGGCCAGCGCCCUGCCUCCGAGAGUGGGAUCCUCCCCAGGCCUCAGCCCUGCCUUUGUGCCUCUGCGAAACGUGCAGCGGAGUGGGGCAGAGGCAGACAGCUGAGCAGAGCACGGUGGGGCAGCGCUGCAGGGGCCCGGCCUCAGCCUCCCUGCCCGCGGGCCUGCCGGGGCACCACUGCUGCCGUGCGGGAUGAGGCCUCUCCCCGCUGGAGUCCAGCGCUGGAAGAGAAAGGGCAACAAGCGCGGAGCGCUAAGCUCGGCGCGGGGCCUUCCCUGCCUGGGGGCCGGCGCUCGCUGGGCCGGGCCCUCGGAGAUGGACAGCCCAGACCGUCGCACAUUCCAGGACUCCACGUUCAUAAACACACACACCAAGUCCCCCGGCGCCUGCUCCCAGCUGUUCCCGGGGGCAGGCCCGCCCCAGCUGUCCGCGCUCCGCAGUGCCGCCGCCCCCAGUGAGCCACAGCGCCCAGCUAGCCCCCAUCAUCUCUAAGAAUAAAUGCUGAAGCCAGUGGCCGUGUGGACCUGAAUCAUCGGGGAGCCUGCCGGAGGAGGGCAGUGACUGCUGGGACAGGCACGCAGGCUAUAUAAGCUGCAGGGGGCCGGGCUCCGCGCAGAUCACGUCCCCGGCUCCUGCCCGUCAGAGAGGUGCCUUCCCAGAGCCGCGCUCACCCAGCACCCACCAUGUCCCAGGCUGGCGCUCAGGAAGCCCCCAUCAAGAAGAAGCGGCCCCCCGUGAAGGAGGAGGACCUGAAAGGGGCCCGAGGGAACCUGGCCAAGAACCAAGAGAUCAAGUCGAAGACCUACCAGGUCAUGCGAGAGUGUGAGCAGGCCGGCUCGGCCGCCCCGUCCGUCUUCAGCCGCACCCGCACUGGCACUGAGACCGUCUUCGAGAAGCCCAAGGCUGGCCCUGCCAAGAGCGUGUUCGGCUGAGACGCGCCGGCCGCCGCCCUCGACACGGGAGUCUUUCCCAAGAGCUCUUCUGUAUGCCGGCCCCUGGGCCACCCUGCCCCCCAGCACCCUGCAAACCCCAAUAAAAAGCACUUCAGAGCA